AUGGGAGAAUGGAACACGAAACCACAAUCCAGUCAGUUAUAUCAGAAUGCACUUCAUCGACUGAACCGCCUACGCACGAAUUUUGAAUCAAGACAACUGACGAUUGCACUCAACUACCGGAACUUGCUCAUAGAGCAGAUGCUAAGCUGGUGCAAGGAAAUUGGGUAUCAGCCUGCCGACUUUAACGCGUUGAAUGCCAUCCAUAUCGCUGGCUCCAAAGGCAAAGGGUCCACGGCAGCCUUUGUCUUCUCAAUUUUGGCGGAAUACUUGACCGAUAAUGCUGCUGAAGAAGAAACCGCCACGCUCAGAAAGAUCGGUCUCUAUACAUCGCCGCAUCUGCGCAGCGUGCGGGAAAGGAUCAGAAUUCAAGCAUCACAAACAAGAAAAUUUGAAGAGACACCUCUUGACGAGAUCAAGUUCUCCCAGUACGUAUCGGAAAUAUGGGCCCGACUGGGGAUGGACAACCGAUCAACCUCCCAGAGUCCACCAUUUGCCAGAUUUCUCACACUGGUGGGCCUCCACGCAUUCAUCCAGGAAGGAGUAGACACUGCGGUUGUUGAGGCCUGCAUCGGAGGACGGUUCGAUUCGACCAAUAUUCUCUGCCAGCCCAGCGUCUGUGCUAUCACCAGUCUCGGGCUUGAGCAUACCGAUAUACUAGGUUCUACCAUCGAGGAAAUUGCAUGGGCCAAGGGCGGAAUUAUGAAACCAGGCGUUCCAGUGUUCACCGUACCACAAGAACCUGAGGCCUUGGCCAUUUUGCAGGAACUGGCAAUGAAAGAAAAUGCAGAUCUGCGAGUGGUCACGACACAUCCGGACUUAAAAUACAUCGAUCUCGGUCUCGCAGGAGACUUUCAACGGAUUAAUGCUAGUCUGGCUGUGGCUGUAGCCGCGGAACAUCUUUCUCGAAUGGGAUAUGAGAACAUUCCAGAGAUUGAAAAGUUGGUUCUGUCUCCGCUGCCCGAUAAAUUUCGCCGAGGUCUUGAACGGGCGCAAUGGCCGGGACGUUGUGAGACACGCGACCAUCUUGGGAGUCGAUGGUUGCUUGAUGGGGCGCAUACCAUGGAGAGUAUCGAGGCUCUGGGUGUCUGGGUAGCCAAAAAGAUGGCGGUGGAACCAGGGGCUAGGAGGGUCCUGAUCUUCAACCAACAGAUCAAAGAUGCUACUGCGCUUCUUCGUCAUCUUCGCCGAAUCACCACUUCGGCAAUGUCGCAAUGGCUCAAUUCCGAAGAAGUGGUUUUUCAUCAAGCGAUUUUCUGUACCAAUAUCCCAUGGGAACAUUAUGACGCCCCCGAUGCUGAAAGGGUCUCUAUGACAUACUCCGGAGCCUCAGAGGAGGGUCUCAAGGUGCAGAAUGAAUUAGCGGCUCAUUGGAUGCAGAUCAGCGGCGGACAUUCAGCGGUCGCUGUGGUACGAACAGUAGAAGAGGCCAUUCGAUGCGUAGCUGAUAGUGGUGAUCCCAGCUUUUGUAGGGAUCGAGAGCAUAUCGAUGCGAUAGUGUUGAUAACUGGAAGUCUUCAUCUGGUGGGAAGUGCCCUGGAGGUGUUGGAUACGAUAUCAUGA